AUUUUCUUUUCUCGGCUGCAUUCCUAACGUUUUUGCAUUGGCGCCUCAACCAUUGUUACUAGCCAGUUGCUUGUAGCUUCUGAUACCGGUUGCUUUGGUACAAUGGUAAGUGUCUGUUACAUUUUAUAAAAUGUAGACCUCCAACCCACGAUAUCGAACCACCCAUCAAACUGAACGACCUAUCAUCAACUUGCACCAAUUUAAUGCAUAUGGUUCUCCCAAGUAUGCCAAAAGUCAUUCAAUGAAAAUAGCUGUUCAAGACAGUGUGGAUGAAGAUACACUGGUAUCAAUUGGAAAGACUCUUCUUUUCAUCUGAGCCUUUAUCAACUACAUCAUGCUAUCCACUCAUGUGGGCAACCAUCUGAAGCAGUCAACGUUAACAUACCAACUUUACAAAUGCCACAUGAUGACUUUUUUGACAUGUAUGAUAACACUCUCAUCCAUUUUUCAGACUAUUUUUUUAUUCCAUUGUCGUCGUUGCCUGCAAAUUUUUUGGCUUGCGCAAGCUGACAUUUUAAAAAAGGAGGCCAUAUAACUGAGUUUCUAAGUCAACGUGACUUCGACGUCAUCGUAUGAGAUUGCAACGGUUGGGGGGAAGGGAAAAUUUUUCAGUGUUUGCGUGUAGUUUAUAGUACAAUUGUACAACGAUCCUCUGAGUGCCAAGAAAAAAAAGCCGGUUUGAGUGCAAAGGAAAUAGAAGCUACCGCUCCAUUUCAGAAGCAAGAAGCACUAAAUCCCAUUAGCAUUCGCAACGUUCCAGUUGCUAAGCAUAGCGGGACACAUACUAUAUAUUACCUCUGUGUGCUCUGAAUUGACCUAGUAGUCAUCAAUCAGCACAGAUGGUGUCACGAUUUCGAGUUAAGAAGCUUUCCCCCAAGCACCCGCUCACUAUCUACAAAGAGUCUCAACUCCCUGACAUCCAUGACAUUGGGAACCUUCAACGUGCAGUACCUCUGAUAGAGACUGGCGUUGAUAAGGACGAGGAAGACGAGGUUA